ACAAGGAAGCCACGAAUAACGACCGCAUACAUUUCUCCGUCCCUCGCUCCCUCGCGUGCGUGAUUUUCUUGCUCCUCAGAUUCAGAUCUGAAACCGCGGCCGGGAAUCGAAACGCCAGCCCCCGAUCCGAUCCCCGACGAGAAGGAAGGAAGACGACGACGGCGACGAAGGAAGGAAGGAGAAGAUGGCGAACGUGUCCCCUCUGGCCAAGUACAAGCUCGUCUUCCUCGGGGACCAAUCCGUCGGCAAGACCAGCAUCAUCACCCGCUUCAUGUACGACAAGUUCGACACCACUUACCAGGCCACCAUCGGGAUCGAUUUUUUGUCGAAGACGAUGUACCUUGAGGAUCGGACAGUGCGAUUGCAGCUUUGGGAUACUGCUGGACAGGAGAGAUUCCGUAGUCUCAUCCCGAGUUACAUUAGAGAUUCAUCAGUUGCAGUUAUCGUGUAUGACGUAGCCAAUAGGCAAUCCUUUCUGAACACUUCCAAGUGGAUUGAGGAAGUUCGGACUGAAAGAGGGAGUGAUGUAAUCAUCGUCCUUGUUGGGAACAAAACUGAUCUUGUUGAUAAGAGGCAAGUCUCGAUAGAGGACGGAGAUGCCAAAGCCCGUGAGUUUGGAGUUAUGUUCAUUGAAACGAGUGCAAAAGCAGGAUUUAAUAUUAAGCCUCUAUUCCGAAAGAUCGCUGCCGCCUUGCCGGGGAUGGAGACACUUAACUCUACAAAGCAGGAAGACAUGGUUGAUGUAAAUCUGAAGCCCACCGUAAAUUCUUCCCAGAACGAGAAUCAAGGAGGAGGUUGCCCUUGCUAAGUGCACUUUUGUUAUUACUAGAAGGCAGUUCACAGGUUUUUUUUUUUUUUCUUCCUUUUUCAUUCAAUUUUUAAUGUCAUUGUGUUCAUGUCUCCCCACCUUACUUGGUCCAUGAUGAAAACGAUCUGGACAGCAGGUGAAAAUGAAUAGGAAACGGCGAACUUGCUUUGCUUAUGCUUGUAAAAGGGAGCUUAGUCAGAUGGAGUGCAUUCUCAUUUUUGUUCUGUGGAUUACAACCGAAUCAUAAAAUUCUCCAUUUGUAGUCUCAGAAAAUCCUCUCUUCUGUCUACCGGAAAACUUGAAAAUGCAAUGUUUUUCCUCUCUUGUUA